CUGCCCUCUUUUAGACUAGGUGGCCGUGCUACGACUCAAGGGCUCGUGGCUGUCAGAUCAACUGGUUCAAUAGCUGCUGUUGUCGAGCUGAGUUGCGAAACGGAUUUUGUGGCUAGAGGGGAGAACUUCAAGAAACUACUUGAACAACUGGUAGAAGCUGUGCUAAAUUAUGCGCAAAAACACAUACCAGAAAUAUCGUCAAACAAGAUUCACUCUGUCGAUCUUGUUUCACAACUACAAUCGUUAGUUGAUGCGGUGGUAAACCUCUACCUGAAUUGGUUGCAAUGGCCGUUGGUAAACUUGGUGAAAAUAUCGCAGUUCGAAGUGUACGGGUCCUUUAUGCGCCAUCUAAAUUCUUCGCUGUAUUCUGCUGCCCAUCCAAAAGAGGGCAGUGCUUCUGUUAGCAUGGGCAAAUUCGUCUCUGUAGUGGCACUCAAGAGACCGGAAAUGGAAGGACUUUUCCCACAGAUAAGUUGGCUGCACAGCUUUGCCAGUUUCUAUUUCUUUUUUUUCUGUAUUCGUUUUGUAUCACAAGAUCGGCUGUAA